AUGCCACGAAAGAAAUUCUUGCAAGAUCUUGCAGAUGUGGCAGUUCCCGGCCGAUUCUCCCGCAUUUCUGAAAUCAAAACUGGGGACUAUGAUGGAUCAGUUUCCUUCACAUUCGCAGCACCUGAGGCAGGCCUCACCCUUGAUCUCCAGGCCAUAGUAUCAGACUCUCACGAUUAUCCCAAGAACCAUGGCUUUCUAGCCUUCUCGUCGUCCGAGGACUGUCCUAACACAGUCACCUCCUCCCUGGAAACCGCGGUAUCCUGUUUCACAGGCCUCACAAUUCAUGACUUGUUGAGCAGAAUUGAGAGCAUUAUCAACAACUCUAUUGCUGAUCCUGAUUCGGCAUCCAGUCACCCAGAAGACCCAGGCACUCAGGACUCCAACGACGAUGAGUCGGCUACUAGUGACACCGAGCCUGACUGGGAGUCUGUGGGUGAAAACAGGAUAUUCACUUUCACUCAAAGCGAGACUGAAUUACGAGAGAAGAUUCGACGUGACCUCCGUGUGGUUAAGAACGCGGGAUUCAAAGUGGGAUACCUUGGGUUGAAAUAUGGCACCAUCAUCGUGUCAGUGUCUUGCCGCAUUUCCAAACUUGGCAUUCCCAAGGAAGCUAUGAAUGCAUGGAGCGUCGAGCCCUCGGAGUAUUUGGUUUUGCUGAUUUGUUAUCGACCGACCUACCUUGAUCUCCAAACAAUUAUCGAGACAGCAGGUGAUACGAAGAAUCCACCUGUUCAGAUGCAUGUUGGUCUCUGUAAUUCAUACAAGCCAUCCCUAGAGCACGCUAUGGAAGUCAUGGAGAGAUCAAAGGAUCCAAAAACGAAAGAGGAGAGUACAACUUCGGACAAAACAAUGUGUGGUCAUCUUCUCAAGCCACUGUUCAUUGGAAAGUCGCUCAAUUUACUUCUCGAAGAGCGACUAAUUGGGAUCAUCAAUCUUCGAUUAAAACAUGGGUUUUCAUGGACAGGAGCCGAGCUUUUCUUCCAGACCAAUCAAGGCAGAAUUUACGUCGGCUCUGAUAUUUCUUCCGAAGAGCACUAUCAAUUGGACAGCUGGGCCACUUCGACGCCAGAAAUCCUUAUGGCGGACCAUAUGACUGAACUAGGUCGCAAUGCCUCUAACAUCUCCUUUCCAAUCCUUGCUAUGCAGUUUACUCUGCGGCAUUUUAUCAAGUGCACAGAAUUCUGUCUGGUUUGUCACUGCAAGACUGGUGAUACCUUUGAGUCACUGAAGCCCUAUGUCUGCUCCAACGCUUUGUGUCUGUAUCAAUACAUGGCGCUGGGCUUGGGCCCAAGCAUUGAAUAUGAAAUUUGUUCCCAACCCUUUGUCGUUGACUUGCUGGCCAGUCUGGCAUACACAAGGGCUUCAGCGGGGCUCCUUGAAGACUUCCCGACUGGUCUUCGGCUGCGCGUACCAGAGAAAUUGCUCCCUCAAAAAAAGCCAGAUCUUACUACAUACUACACUGGGCAAUUUGAUGCAGCCAACCUUGAAAUUCAGUUGAUCCAGCCGGCUCCAGUCAAAGCAGGUGAUUGGAUUGUUCUCAUCAUUACCAUCCCAGAGGCAGCAGAAUGGCACUGUCGCAUUGAAAAUAUCGAUGUGACCUCAAACCAUAUUUUCAUCUCAAUUCCGAUUAGUUUAGGCCGUCAGUUGCAGCCAGAAGACCUGCAGGCUCCACCCCGGCAAGUAAAAUUUGUUGUUUACGACACUAAUCUGGACGAUUUGGCACCUGUGCAAAAACAGCGGAUGAUUUCUUGUCUGUUGGGCAUGCUCCCUAGCAUUGAGGAAAUGAAGACCUUCACUGAAAGCCAUGGAAGGGGCAAGCUUCUUUCCUCGUGGAGAGACGUCAUAUCACCCGCUGGGUUGGACCUUUUGCGCUGGGUUGUUGCCUCAAAUCGAUCUUUCAUCAAGCAAGAUGACGAUGAGCCUCGGCAUAAGGUAGUUGGAAUGAGUGGUUACAUCCAAUUUAGAUUUGUCCAAGGUGCUGCCGACAAAGAGCGGCGCUUUAUCAAUGCGGUUCAUUCCAAUUCCUUGGCCCAGAAUCCUGAUCAUCCUACAAUAUUUGCUUGGCAUGGCAGCUCUGUGAAUAAUUGGCACAGCAUUCUACGUGAGGGGUUUCAUUUCAAGCAAAUUACCCAUGGCCGCGCCUGUGGUGAUGGUGUUUACAUGUCGAACCACUUCCAUACCUCGUUGGGAUACAGUGGUACACAUAUUGAUCCCUCGUGGACCAACAGUCGAUUGCGGAUCAUGACGGUGAUUUCUCUCAAUGAGGUCGUCAAUGCUCCCCAGGAUUUUGUGAGCCGUAGCCCACACUACGUCGUGCAACACUUGGAUUGGAUUCAACCAAGGUAUCUUUUUAUCAAGGCCCUAGAUUCCAGCCUAGCAGGGGAAAUGGCCAGAUAUGUGUACACAGGUACUAAAAAGACCCGGAAACCCCAGUCAUCAUCUAACAAACAUGAUGAGAGCCUCAUAUACAAACAAGAUCAGCGCUACCUAGCUUUAGGCCCCAACGAAAGGCCUAUCAAAAUCCCCAUCUCGAUAUUUAGCGGUCAGCGGGGGGAAUUUCUUCGUGCUGCUAGAAAAACAGGGCUUGCAGGCCUUGCGCCGUCAUCCAAGAGGCGCAAAUUUUCCGUUGAAAAUACUGAGCAACAUGACAACGAAGACGAAGACGACAAUGUUAGCAUUGAGACGCGCAUAGAGGAUCUCAGUAUUCUUUUAUCCGACGACGAAAUGUCUGAGAAUCCUUCAAGUCCCAGCAUGCAAGAAGGAACUGCCCCAGAACCUGGCCUCAAGACUGACUUCCGACCUGGAACCCUACAGGACAGUACUUUCCCUACACUUUCUUCGCCAAGGUUUGCGACAACCUCAGCCACAAAAGUCCUGCAGCAGCAUCUUCAGGCUACCCUCAAAAUCCAGGAACGAGUGCCACUCCACGAGCUCGGAUGGUACGUCGACCCCAGCUUGAUCACAACAGUCUACCAAUGGGUCGUGGAGCUACACACGUUUGAUCCCUCCCUCCCGCUAGCACAAGACCUCAAAGCCAUCAACCAAAAAAGCGUCGUCAUAGAGCUUCGCUUUCCCCCGCAAUUUCCCAUGGAUCCACCUCUUGUACGGGUGAUCCGCCCUCGUUUCCUUGAGUUUUCUGCUGGAGGCGGCGGUCACAUUACCACUGGUGGCUCUAUGUGUAUGGAACUGCUGACCCACUCGGGCUGGCUACCGACGGCUUCGAUCGAGAGUGUGUUGUUGCAGGUUCGCAUGGCUAUUACUAACACCGAUCCAAGACCCGCGCGUCUGAAUCUCAACGCACGUCACAGGGACUAUUCAGUAGGCGAGGCGGUGGAAGCUUACAGAAGAGUUGCGUUGGUGCAUGGAUGGCAGGUCUCGAAGGAUAUCCAGGAACUUGCCUGGUGA